UCUCUAGAUCACUUGCGAUUCCAUCUUAUCAAUUCAACUAAAAUGGCAGUCAAAGACCGCGUGAUCGUAGUUACGGGUGCAGCGUCAGGAAUGGGCCUCGAGACAGCUCGACUCCUCGGUGGCCACGGAGCCAUACUGUCUCUCGCGGACAUCCAAAAGCAGCCCCUAGAAGCCGUAGAGCAAGAGCUCCGAGAAUCCGGCGUACGCGUUCUCGCUAGCAUCGUAGAUGUUAGCAACCGCGAAAAUGUUGAAUCGUGGAUUUCCAAGACCGUCCAGACGUUUGGGAAACUGGAUGGCGCUGCCAAUAUCGCGGGAGUCUUUUCCGAACAAGGCAACAUUGCGGGCGUAGCAGACAUUGAUGACAAGGAUUGGGACUUUGUGUUCAGUGUUAACGUCAAGGGAUUGCUGAAUUGCUUGAGGGCUGAAGCACCACAUAUGAACGAAGGAAGCGCCAUUGUGAACGCAGCGAGCAUUAUGGGGCUGGUAGGCACCAAAAACAACAUCACAUACACGGCCUCCAAGCAUGCUGUAGUUGGGAUGACAAGGGCUCUUGCUAGAGAGAUGGGGGACAGGAACGUGAGGGUCAAUUGCAUUUGCCCUGGUCCUAUCGAUACACCUAUGUGGCAGGGAGCCAUCUCGAAAACUGAUUGGAGUCACCUUGCACUGGGAAGAUAUGCAACGCCGAAUGAAGUGACCCCGCUGGUGGAGUUUCUCCUGACACCAGCUUCCUCUUUCAUUACUGGGGUCGCUAUGCCAAUCGAUGGUGGGUGGUAUUGUUAGUCUUCCUACAUUGAAUAGAGCACUCCAUAGCU